AGGCGCGCGAGCCCGCGGACGGGCGGCUCCACAGUUUUACAACACCAGAAGGCCCUGGAUCCCUUUCACGGUGUUCAGACUGGGGAACUGCAGUGGAAGAAGAUGAAAUGAGGACCAAUGUUAACAAAGAAAUUGCAAGAUACAGAAGAAAACUCCUGAUAAAUGAAUUUUCAAGAGAAAGAAAGUCCUCCUCUGGAAGUUCUGACUCAAAGGAGUCCAGUGUAACAGUAGAACUUGAGACAGAUGAAGUGGUUUUGAUGAGAAGACAAAAACAGAUAAACUAUGGAAAAAACACCAUUGCAUAUGAUAGAUACAUUAAAGAAGUUCCUAGAUGCCAUCGUAUACCAGGAGUUCACCCCAGAACGCCAAAUAAAUUUAAGAAGUACAGCCGUAGGUCAUGGGACCAGCAAAUCAAACUGUGGAAAGUGGCAUUGCAUUCCUGGGAUCCACCUACUGAAGAAGGAUGUGAUCUGCAAGAAAUUAGUCCUGUUGAUCUUGGUGAGAUGGAGACGGAAUCCAUUGGAAGCAAUUCUACUGAAUCACAAACAAGUUCUCAAGAUAACUAUGAAACUUAUUCUGGCACUCCCACAAAAGUCAGACACAUCGACUAUCAAGCAGAAGGUGAAUUUGACUUAGAAGCAUGUUUGAGUGAGCCACUUAAAGAUUUCAAUACUGUGAGUUAAAUAGUCUUGGGCAAAUUGUUUUAGAGGAAGUUUCUUUUAAAUUUGAGAGGUUAGCCUGAUUAAACAGCGGGCUGUUUUCUACCUGUUAAUUGUAUGAGAGCCCAAGCAAAGUUAGACUGUUCCUCUAAGCUGUGGCUGGUCUGUGUAUCCUCUGGACCAAACCUAUGUAAAAAUAGAAUUAAGUUGUGUGACUUUUUAACUUCUAAUUUAUGUAUAUCAGAUUUUUUUUAUAAAACAUUUCAACUUUUUUUUUUAUAAAAACAUUUCAACAUUUGCCUAGAGAAAUAGCCAAAGGCAAUGCUGUCCUCAGCUGAUUAUAAAUAGUUCAGUAAGAUCUCGUGUUUUUUCCACAUUGUUGUUUGUAACUCCAGUUGCCACCUACACAUUAAGAGCAAAGUAGAGAGAUGUUUUUGACUCUAUAUCACUUUGCUUUUUCGUUUGUCUCUAUUUAAAAAAAAAUGUAUCUGUAGGUAAUGCAGGUGGUAGCUGAACCAUGCUGAUUAUUUUUACUAGUAAACAGGGCCACUGCAGUUAAAUUUAAGAGCAUUUCUUAAGUAAGAGCAGGUUAUUUUUAAUUUGCAAAAAAAAAAAAAAAAAGGCUUUUGAAACAAUGGGAAAGUAAAUACUUAAAGAAUCUGGAGUUCAUAUGGUAAAGCUUGAAUAGCAGUAAUAGAAGAAGCAGUAGCCUGGGAAGUCUGUAAAUAGUCAUGAUCUCUUAAAGCUGUUGAGAAAACAAGAUGCUAAAGAACAGUGCUCAAGUCUUUUUAAUUUGCUGAUUUUAAAAUGUAAAACUGUUGUAAAUGAUAACACUGUACAGACUUUCUGCUGAAAGCAGUUGUUUC